CUGCGCGCUGUGCCGGUCCCGCCUUCAGCUUAAGCUGCUUCUGCGGCGGCGGCUGAGAGGUUGUUGUUGUCGCCGUUCUUGCGCUGGCCGGCGGUCCCCAGCUCCCCCUCUUCGUCCUGGUCGUGGUGGGCGCGGUCAAACCCUGACUGGUCCGGUGAAGCAGUCAGAGCCUCUGGGCCUCGUGGCGGGCGAUGGUGCGCCAGUGCGGGCGGAUACGGGCGGCGGGGCGGCGGGCAUGAAGGAGAAUGGAAGGGGAGGACGAGGUGUCCCUGCGUGAGCAGCAUUUCCACAGCCAAGUGCGGGAGUCAACGAUAUGUUUUCUUCUUUUUGCCGUUCUCUACAUUGUUUCCUACUUCAUCAUCACAAGAUACAAGAGAAAGUCAGAUGAACAAGAAGAUGAAGAUGCCAUAGUCAACAAGAUCUCCUGCUGCUGCCAGCUGGGCUUGCUGUGUGGUUGCCUGUGUAUAAUCCUGUUCCUCGAGCUCUGCAGCACUAAGAAACUAAGACAGAUGGAGUGCUGGGGACACCACCAUUUUAUACAGGAAUGGAGGCUGAGAAUGAAAAUCAGGAAGAAGAGAAUGUUGCUGAAGUUGGGAAAAAUUUCAAGAAGGUUGUUUUUGAGCACAUUCACUCUAGCAGUUUCAGCUGGCGCUGUUUUGCUUUUACCCUUCUCAAUAAUCAGCAAUGAAAUCCUGCUUUCUUUUCCUCAAAACUACUAUAUUCAAUGGCUGAAUGGCUCCCUGAUUCAUGGUUUGUGGAAUCUUGCUUCUCUCUUUUCCAACCUUUGUUUGUUUGUGUUGAUGCCCUUUGCCUUUUUCUUUCUGGAAUCAGAAGGUUUUGCUGGUCUGAAGAAGGGACUCCGAGCUCGGAUUUUAGAAACUCUGGUCAUGCUUAUUCUUCUUGCACUGCUUAUUCUUGGAAUAGUCUGGGUAGCUUCUGCACUCAUUGACAAUGAUGCUGCAAGUAUGGAGUCUUUAUACGAUCUCUGGGAGUUUUACCUACCCUAUUUAUAUUCCUGUAUAUCAUUGAUGGGAUGUUUGUUACUUCUCUUAUGUACGCCAGUUGGUCUUUCCCGCAUGUUUACAGUAAUGGGUCAGUUGUUAGUGAAGCCAACAAUUCUUGAAGACUUGGACGAACAAAUUUAUAUUAUUACCCUAGAGGAAGAGGCACUCCAGAGACGACUAAAUGGGCUGUCAUCGUCAGUGGAAUACAAUAUAAUGAAGUUAGAACGAGAACUUGAAAAUGUGAAGACUCUGAAAACAAAAUUAGAGAGACGAAAAAAGGCUUCAGCAUGGGAACGAAAUUUGGUGUAUCCUGCUGUUAUGGUCCUCCUUCUUAUAGAGACAUCCAUCUCGGUCCUCUUGGUGGCCUGUAAUAUUCUUUGCCUGUUGGUUGAUGAAACGGCCAUGCCAAAGGGAACAAGGGGGCCUGGAAUAGGAAAUGCCUCUCUUUCUACUUUUGGUUUUGUGGGAGCUGCACUUGAAAUCAUUUUGAUUUUCUAUCUUAUGGUGUCCUCUGUUGUCGGUUUCUAUAGCCUCCGAGUUUUUGGAAACUUUACUCCCAAAAAGGAUGACACGACCAUGACAAAGAUCAUUGGGAAUUGUGUGUCAAUCUUGGUCUUGAGCUCUGCACUGCCUGUGAUGUCAAGAACAUUAGGAAUCACUAGAUUUGAUCUACUUGGAGACUUUGGAAGGUUUAAUUGGCUGGGAAAUUUCUAUAUUGUAUUAUCCUACAAUUUGCUUUUUGCUAUUGUGACAACAUUGUGUCUGGUCAGAAAAUUCACUUCUGCUGUACGAGAAGAACUUUUCAAGGCCCUAGGGCUUCAUAAACUUCACUUAUCAAAUACUCCAAGAGAUUCAGAAACAACAAAGCCUUCUGCAAAUGGGCAUCAGAAAACACUGUGAAAGAUACAAAGUUAGCAACAUUCUGCAAUCAGAGACCGGAGAACUCUGAACUCAUGACAUUCCUGUCAAUCGUGGAAAUGUUUUCAUACUGAUUUUGGUUUAUAUUUAGGGCCCGGGUCUGUCAGGGUCACUUUUUUCAUAAUCUACUAAGAACCUGGCCAUUGCCAAUCUUUUUUUUUAAAUUUAACUUUCUGAUGGACUCUCUAGUUUCCAGUUAAAUGCAGAUUCCAUAGAGCAGGAGAAAGAUAGCAGAUUCUUCUGUGGAUACAUUUGCUUGCAUCAGUAAAUAAGAUCAUCCAUAGAAAAAAUCCUUUUUGCCUGAAAUGAAAAUGUUAGAAAAGGCAGACUUUGAGACUUUCUAAGGAUUUGUUUAAAUCUCAUUAUGUAUUUUAUCAAAAUGUAGAAACCUACAUGCAAGGCAUCCUUUAUGUUAAGUGAAGUUCCUGCAAAAAAUGCAGUUUUCAAAUGCAGUAACAAUUGCUUAAAGAUGCCAUCAUGGCUGCAGUGGGUGCACUGGAACUGUAAUAAUUGCAAAUUUCUUUUUCAUUUCCUUAAAAAAAAACAAAAGCCUAGCUUCUGAUUUAUGUUUCAGAAUGAUUUUGAUUAGACUUUGAGCCAAGGGAAAAAUACUAAGUUCUUUUAAAAUCAGCCUUGGUAGAAAGCCACAAGAAUAUCUUGUAUUGUAUGGUAUAAUAAGCUGUGGUAGAAAGUAUUAUGUAAUCAUAGGUCUAUGAAAGUUUGUAUGUAUAUAAUUCAGUAUUACCUCUCAUACUAUAGUUGCCAGUGUUGAACACACUUGUAACUUAGGUUUUGCCUUAUAGGCUAUAUGUACACUCAGUUUUGUUUGUUUGUUUAGCAUUUUCUUUAAAAAAUCACUUAAUUUCUCUGUGCUUUGUAACCCUUAUGAAAAAUAUAAAUGCUCAGUGGUGGAAACCACUUCUUUCAUCACAUUCUUUGGGUUUUUGUUACUUUUGUAUAUGCCGAUUUAAAUGCCAGACUUAUAAAAAGUCACCAUUUUAACACCAGAAACUUACACGUCAGCAUUCAUGACAGAAGAAUAGUUUUGUAGUGUAACAUGAUCUGAUAAUCAUUCAGUUAUUCAAUUGUAAAUAAUUGUUGGGAUGGGUUCUUUAAGUCCACUGAAUAAAAUCAAUGAAAACUGUACUCUGUUACCACCCACUAGGAUAGAAUACCUAAAAUUUUGCUUGCAAAAAAUAUGGGAUGGACCCAUUUGCACACAAUCCAUAGUUAUGCAAUUUAUAUACAUUUAUAUGCUCACAUGCACUAUGUGUAUGGCAAUAGAUUGUCUGUGUUCAGACAAAAGUUAACAUUUUUCUCAAAUUGUUGAAAUUAAAGGUCAUUUUUGAGAAACUUAUUAAAAAGCAGGUUGUAUAUAUUUGACAUCAAAAUUUCCAACUGAAAUAGUAAGAAAAAUUCAUCUGUGUAUUCAUGAGCUCCAUCUGAGUACCUCUGCCUUACCUGUACCUUUGCCUUUCCUUCUUAAGCUUCUUGUCCUUUUAAAAUACAGCCUAGCUUUAAAACAGAAGAACAUUUUGAUUCUAAACAACAGCCAGUAACCACCACCAGUCUAGUAUUUGUGAACUUCUCAGAUCUCAUAAGAUCAAUAUAACUAGAAAAAUAAUAAAAAUCGGCUGCUUUCUAAUUUCACUGUUAAUUUUACCUAUUUAAGCAUUAAUUUCAUGCUUUGAUUUUUACUGAAACUUAGAAUCCAUACUUUGAGCAGACCAAGUCAAAGGGAGAAGAGAAAUGGACUCGGGAGAACACUAAAACCGCUUCUAACUUACUCUGGAUUCGGGACACAUCCACAGAAAGAGUUUUUGUAAGAUGUCUGGAAACUUUUGAGUAAAAUAUUAAACUUUUCAAUGUCUAUCUUAACUUUUUGUUUAUUUGAAAUUUUCUUUCCACCUGAGGACUGGAGCCAGGUUUGGAUCAGUAAGCUUAGUAAAACAUAUUAUAAACACCAAAAACUCUUAUUGGAUAGAAUCUUUAUUGCUGUUGAAACAGGAGGCGGCAUAGUGUGAAAGGAUGAUUCUGAACAGUGGUUCUCAGAUGCCUGUUAUGGAAACAAAUACAGAUUGUUAAAUACUUGAUCUGCUGCAUAAUCACAGAAACCUUAGGAUCUAAAACAGCCAAUAUAUUCCUGAUCACAUAUACAAAAAUCUUCCUCUAAGUGAGAGAUUUACUUUAAAUACAGAUGCUUCCAUUGCACAUAUGCUGGAAGCUGGUUUGUAUGAAAAGUAUGACAGAAAUGGAUGGCAGAAUACUGGGCCAAACAUUCUGAGUACUGAUAAGGGUCACUCUUGGGGUCUUCCUUCUGCUGCAGUGUAUACACUAAUGAAAGAGAAGGCAGAUAGACCCUGGGAGACAGAUUCCAAUGUUAGUAUUAAAUCAGUGCUGAAACUGCCAUUUGAUUUAUCAUUGGAUGGGUGUGCAUAAGUGACUGCUUUAAGUCAAGUGGGUCCAUCUAUUUUUUCUCACCUUUAGUAUCUGUUUUCAAAGGGCAUUAGGCGCUCAGCUGUGAAGUUUCUUGAAGAGACUUAGCAGAUUCUUACCAUUGAUUCUGCAACAUUUUAGUGAAUUAUUUAAAAAUUAUAAAUUUUACUGAUUAUAACAUUUGUAUUGACUUUUAAUGAUUUUCCAAGUUAUUUCUUAGGUAUUCUGUUAGCUUUAUUUAUAUUCUAUAUAAAAAUGUCUUACUCUAAAUUCGAGACUUUUUGUGAAAGUUAUACACACCAUAUACAAUAAAAUGUUAGUUCCUUGCUACACUGGAGAAUUUAUUAGCGGACACUGAUGAAACCUUCUGAAUUGUUUUGACUUUUAGGUGCAUUAAAAGUGCAUAUACAACUACUCUUUGUAACAUCAACAUCUGCCUCACUGUGCUGUGAGCACGCUAGGCCUUCUCUGUGGCCUCAGUAACCGCUCAGUCUAAUCACAACCAAUAAUGUGGGUUUAAAUCACUCGAAUGCCCUUAUAGGGCUUUCUUUGUUGUCAGCACAGUAUUUACUGCACAAAGGUGGAAUUCUUAUAAGAUUUUUUUUUAACGUGAGCAUAUAUAAAUAUUAGUGUGAUGUUACUUUAAUGUUUGGAAGCACUGGUAAAUUAUUUUUGUUUACAAGUUAUACUGUAAAAUUGUCAUUUGCUCUUGUUUGUUUCUAUGAGAUACAUUCAGUGUGACUUACAAUGUUUUCGAAAUUAAAGUUUUAUAAAAAGUGA